AUGGGAUGUUCUCCAUCGAAGUUGGAUAAUGAAGCACUUUUACAGCUUUGUAAGGACCGUAAUAAGUUCAUCAAACAAGCAGUUGAGCAUAGAAUGGAAUUUGCUUCGGGACACAUUGCUUAUAUACAAUCAAUGAAAAGAGUUUCUGCUGCACUUCGAGAAUAUAUCAUUGGGCACGAGUCUUGUGAUAAUAUGCUAGAUUCUUUUACACAAGACGACUGCAGCCCAAUAAAGAAAAAAAGUGCUGAUUUCGUCUGCAUAUCACCAAGAUCCUUCUCUGUUGCACCGGCUAAAUCUGAACCCAACUCAUGUUGUAAAAUAAACUACCUCAAGUCUGGUGGAAAUCCUUCUGUUUCUGUUGAGGUGAGACCACCUCAGUCACCAGAAACUGUCAGAGUCGAAGCUUACGCCCCUGUUCAUCAUUUCGAAAUGGGCAGCAUUUUGGAAAUGCAUUCAUCUUCAGUGAGCUCUUCAAUCUUUCAUAGCUCCCCAAACAAUAGACCUAAUUGUUCUCCAAUUUCAGCUCAAACAUCUCAAUGGGAUUUCUUUUGGAAUCCUUUCACUUCAUUAGAUUACUAUGGCUAUCCCACGAGCAGUCUUGGUGAGAAUAUUUUGAAUGAUGAGAAUGCUCGGGCAAGGCAGGUUCGAGAAGAGGAAAGCAUAUCUGAAUCAGAAGAGAAAAAGGAAAAGAAAGAAAUUGAUGAAAGGAUAAAUAAGAAAGAAGAGAGGGUUAAGGCUGAUGAGAACUCCAAGAGAGAAGAAGUUGCUGCGGAAGAUGUUGAUGAUAGUGUCAAUAAUAAAAAUGAGGAUGGAACAAUCAGUGAGCCUAGAACAGAGCAAAACAUAGAAGUUGUAAAAUGUGAAAAUGUAGGUCAAAUUAGUGGUAAAGGAACUGCAGUUAUUGAUUGUGAAUCAAAAGAGGAAACACCGGGAUAUACGGUUUACAUAAAUCAACGGCUAACAAGCAUGGCAGAAGUUGUAAAGGAUCUUGAAGGUCAGUUCAUGAUUGCGCAUAAUUCAGCUACUGACGUAUCACUGAUUUUGCAGGCCGGCAAGGCUAAGUACUCAUCAACAUCAAAUGAUCUCACAGUAAUGGAGAUGUUGAAUCCGGUAGCUUUGUUCAGAUCGGCUUCAUCUCGAUCGUCAUCAUUGUCGAGGGUUUUAGUGAGCUCUUCAACUUCAAGAGAUGAAGAUUACAAAUGUAGUAGCAACUUCUCUGAAGAGUCCUGCACGUUUACAGGAAAUCAUCAAUCAACCCUGGAAAAGUUAUAUGCUUGGGAGAAAAAACUUUACCAGGAAGUUAGGGCUGGUGAACGCAUUCGAAAAGCAUAUGAAAAGAAGUGUGCACAGCUGAGAAAUCAAGAUGUGAAAGGAAAAGAACCUCCUCUUUCUGAAAAAACAAGAGCAUCCUUGACUGAUCUGCAUACUCAAAUAAAAGUUUCAAUUCACUUAGUUGAAUCUGCCUCUAAGAGAAUUGAAACAUUAAGGGAUGAGGAACUGGAGCCUCAGAUAUUAGAAUUAGUGCAAGGGUUAGCAAGGAUGUGGAAGGUUAUGGCUGAGUGCCAUCAACUGCAAAAAUGCACUCUAGAUGAAGCCAAGAUUUUACUAGCUGAAACGCUCUCAACAUAUUCUGCAACAAAGAAACAGACAAUGUUACCUUCAAAGCUACAAAGGCUUGCCAAUUCAGCUGCUAACCUCGAGACAGAGCUCAGGAAUUGGAGAGCCUGCUUUGGGACAUGGAUUGUUUCUCAACGCUCCUAUGUGCAUGCAUUGACAGGAUGGCUCUUGCACUGUGUCCGUUUGGAUCCUAACACAUCGAAAUUACCAUUCGCUCCUCGUGAGUCCUUCGGGGGAUUGUCAAUGUUUAACAUAUGCAUCCAAUGGUCCAGGUUCCUUGAUGCAAUCCAGGAAGCUCCGGUACUUGGUGGACUCGAUCUUGCAGCAGAAGGUGUUUGUUCCUUAUAUGCACAACAACUACAGGAAGAUUCUUGCAGGAAAAUAAGUGCUUCAAAGAGCUGUGGGGGGGAACAGGAACCUGUAGGCGUUGUUGAGGUUGGCCGAUUUGAAGAUGAAGUAGUGAAUGCAGAAAAAAUAGCUGAAGUAGCCAAUAGAGUGCUUUGCGCCGGAAUGUCAGUAGCCAUGAAUUCACUGACAGAAUUUGCCUCUAUUUCAGCUGAAGGAUAUGCGAAUUUGGUCAAGCAAUGGGAGAAUGCCAAACAGCCUAAGAGUUCAGAUAUUGAAAACUGA